CCACCAUUAACACAGUCCCCAAGCUUUUGCUUUGUUUCGUGCAUCCUCCAUCUAACUGACAAAAACCAUGAAGAAAAAGAUGGUAGUCCAAAUGUCCUUGCAGUGUGAUAAGCAUCGCUCCAAGGCUAUGAAAAUUGCUGUCGGCGUUUGUGGAGUGCACUCAGUGGCAUUAGGCGCAAAAGAUAAAAACCAGAUAGAAGUGAUCGGAGAAGGAGUAGACCCAGUAGAACUUACAAGUUCGCUAAGGAAGAAGUCAGCAAAAUGGCCCAACUUUCUCACCUGUGUAUUACCAAAGUGUAAGAUGGUGCACGCAGAGCUAGUAAGCGUGACCAAUGUAGAGGAGAAGAAAGACGAAAAGAAAGAUGAGAAGAAAGAUAAAUCUCCUUGUUCAUGUAAGGGCAGUGCCCAUCACUGUGUCGCUGAGUUUGUGUGCAUUAAGGAACCUGAUCCCUACCGUUGCUGCAUCUUUUGA